GGGCCGUGCCGGCGACGGGGCCAAGGGCUUCGGGGCGGAAGUGGGUCGCGGCCGAGUCGGCGGCGUCUUCCUCAGGGUGCUUGUGGUCAGCGGCUGGCCGGAGGCGCGUCCCUGCUGCCGGGCGCGGACGGCGCGGCGCCUCGCGGGCCUCGGGACCGGCUCCGAGGCUGGAAGAUUGUGGAAAUCUGUGUGGACCCAGAUUGUGCAAACCCAAGGAUGUGUGUCCAGGCGGCCUGACGGGUGGAUAUUGGGCAUCUUUGAGCCUCACCUCGAGGCCACGUCCUUUUCUGAACACAAUGAGCUCGAGAAAGCGUCGUGGUGGGACAGCACAUUCUAGACAGACGCAGAAGCGGACCCGGGAAGCAGCUUCUACUCCUGAGAUCGCCUUGGAAGCAGAACCCAUAGAACUUGUGGAAACUGCGGGAGAUGAAAUCGUGGACCUCACCUGUGAAUCCCUGGAGCCCGUGGUGGUCGACCUGACCCACAAUGACUCCGUUGUGGUAAUAGAAGAACGGAGGAGGCCGAGGAGGAACGCGCGGAGGCUCCGUCAGGACCAUGCCGACAGCUGUGUGCUGAGCAGUGACGAGGAGGAGCUGGCCAGGGACCGAGACGUGUAUGUGACCACCCACACUCCCACAAGUGCCAGGACUGAUGGAGCUGCGGGGCUUAGGUCCUCGGGUACUGUGAGCUGCCCCAUCUGCAUGGACGGAUACUCAGAGAUUGUGCAGAGCGGACGUCUCAUUGUUUCUACAGAAUGUGGCCACGUCUUCUGUAGCCAGUGCCUCCGUGAUUCCCUCAAGAGUGCUAACACUUGCCCAACUUGUAGGAAAAAGAUCAACCACAAACGGUAUCACCCCAUUUACAUAUGAAGUGCUCAGAGCUACUCGGAGGUUCGGACGGACCAAGGGAAAGCCUGGCCAGGGCUCUGCAUGCUGUUAGGAGUGCUGUGGGCGAA